AGCUUUCCAUUUACUUUCUCUUCUUCUUAUUAAUAUUAUAUUAUAAGGUUUUUAUUUUGAUCAGAAGAAUUUGAGUUAUCAAGAAGAAUUAUGGGUUAUUUUUGGACUUUGAUUUGUCAUCUUCAUACUAUAGCCGGGCCAGUGACAAUGUUGCUCUAUCCUUUGUAUGCUUCAGUAGUAGCAAUUGAGACUAGUGACAAAUUGGAUGAUGAACAAUGGCUUGCUUAUUGGAUUUUUUAUUCUUUUCUCACUCUUAUGGAGAUGGUCCUUCAACAUGUUCUUGAAUGGAUACCAAUAUGGUAUGAUGUGAAGUUGAUAUUUGUGGCAUGGUUAGUUUUUCCACAAUUCAGAGGAGCUGCAUUUAUAUAUGAUAAAUUUGUAAGAGAAAAAAUAAUCAAGAGAUAUAGAGAAUCAUCAUCAUCAUCACCACAACAUAACAACAAGUCUCCUAAAGCCAAAUCCAAGACUAAAUUUGUGGACUUCAUCACUCCCAAAAAGGGAGAGCAUGAAGCUUACUGAAGAGUGACAAAUCAUGAAGAUUAACUAGUUUUGUUAAUUAACAAUAAAAAAAAAUAUUGUAGAGUGUUAUAUUUGGCUUGUACAUUUUAAUAUAUGGUGUGCAAUAAUAUUUGCUCCCACUUUGUAAUUUUGGCACAGGGACCAAGUUUUAUAUUAUAUAAAACUCCACUUUUGAUAUUUGAUAAGUUAUAUAUGUGAAUGUUGUCAAUG